AUGACUAAUCGUAUAGGUGAAAGUAAACAUUUUAUUCUUCCAAAACCACAAAAAGUGAAAGACACUGAUGUUACAAAUCCAAUUCCUCUAAUUACUCCUGUUGAUAUUAAAAAUAAAUAUAAAAGUGAUUCACCACAACCAAUAAUAAAAGAAAUGUCUUCUGACAAUCACUUAAGAGGAUUUGAUAAAAAAUUCAUUUUAACUGAAAAAAGUGACAAUGAAAAUGUUUGUUCUAAUACCACUGCUGUUUCAGACGAAAAUAAACAAAAACUAUGUGAAGAUUGUGUUAAUGAUAAAAGUGGUGAAAAGAAAUUAAUUCAAGAUGAAAAUUUUCAUCUAGAAACUUCAUCUUUGAAUCAAUCUACAUCAUUAAUUAAUAACUCAGAAUCAAACGAAUUUUGUUUUGGAUCGUCUGAAAGUGAUGAUGGGUCAUGUGAAAUAGUUAUGGAUAAUCAAAUUACUGUAGAAGGUAAACAAAAAGAGAAAAAAUUUCAACAAAUUAGCCUUUCUGAUUUUAAAGAAAAAGAUUGUGGAGAAGGUAUUGGAUUUGAACUUGGAUAUGGAAUGGAUAGUGAAGAUGAAAUUGAAGGAGAAAAUAACACAUUAAAAGCACUCCCCAAAAAAUGUUCAGAAGCUCAUCAAACACCAGUUAUCCAAGAUGAUAAUGUAUUUAAAAAUAAAAGUCAAGAAGAACAAAAGUCAAGUGAAUUUGAUUUUGGAAGUGAUAAUCAUGAAAGUUCAAAUAGUUGUAUUUUUAAUGAGUCAAUAAGCAGAAGUGAAAGUCUUGGAAGUGUAUUAAAUAGUUGUGAAAUAAAAGAAGGAAUUGAAUUUGAUAGUCCAAUAAAAAAUGAAGAAAAAACAGGAAAGGUUGUGAAAUUAUGGCAACCAUCCUUGUCUGAUUUCAAAGAAAAGGUUAAAGAAGAUAAAAACAGUCUUGUUAUAGGUAAAAAAGAACGGUUAUCUGAUAAAAUUGAAGAUUCAAAUGUAGUAGUAGCCAAACCUAUAAGCAUUAAAAGCGAAAGUUAUAAAUCAAAUAAAUUAGAACCUAGAGAAUCGUUUAUUGUAAGAACAGAUAAAAAAACAUCAAGUAAUAUUGAUAGUAAAACAAAAGAAGCUUUAGAAAUACAAGAACGACUAAAACUAGAACAACAACAAUGGUUAAAAAAGAAAGAGGAAGAAGAAAAACGGGUACUAGAAGACCAAUUAAAUUCCUUAGAAAUCACUAAAGAAGAAAAUUUAAACAAAGGGAUUAUUAAGUCAUUUAUUCCUAGUUUACAACAGUGGACUGGAAUGCAAAAAUAUGAUGUUAUUUAUAACUCAAAGUUAGAUGGGUUUAAAAAAGAAAGAAUUAAUAACCAUAUUUGUUUAAAGAAACAUGUUAUGGUUUUAGUGUUUACAACAGAUGGAAAUGUGUUUGGGUGUUACAAUAGUAAGAGACUACCUGCUCCAAGUUGUGAAGGAUUUGUAAUGGAUGAUCCACAACAUUUUAUUUUUACAUUAAAAAAUCCAUUAUCAAUACCACCAACAAAAUUUGUUAAAAAAAGUAUUUUUGGACCAUCAGUAGGGAUUAAUUUCAAUGGAUAUAAAUCUGUUGAUGGUGAAGAUGUUUUAUUAACAUGUAGAUGGUUCUUUUAUAUUCGAGAAAAAGAUUCAAGUAUUUCAUCUUCAUUCAGUAGUAUUUAUAAUGACAUUAUUGGAAAAGAAUAUUUUGUAUUCACUGGAACUACUGUUGUAAAAGUUGAGAGAGUCAUUGCCUUAGAAUGGAAAAAAGACUCAAUUUAA